UUGAGAAGAAAGUUAACGGGGGCAGCCGGUGGAUGUUCCGUCAUGGAGAUGAAGAGGAGAUUCCGAGCCAUGCUGAUGUUGAUAUGGAUUUUUCCAGGUGACACCCAGAAAGUGGAGAUGCCCAGCAAAGAGAUGGAGGUGGUGAGGGGCCAGAUGGUGGUGUUACAGGCGUGGUACAGCCCCAACUCAGACAUUUCCCAUAACACAGUCAUUUGGCAUUUCACCGGAAAUGAUUCCAAGCAGGUCAUAAACUUCAGCUCGGGGAAAGUUGGGCACGGACAAAACGAGUUCACCAAACGAGUGGGCUUUAGCGUGGCCAUGCCUUCCGCCAACCUCUCCAUCUACAUCAACAACACCCAGGAAACGGACUCGGGUCUCUACUUCUGCCAUGUCAUCGUCCCUGGGGGUCACGGCAUUUCUGGAGAGAUGCGGCUUAAUGUCAAAGUCCCCCCCGCCCCCCCUGUGUGCAGCAUGACCGGGAACCCGGUGGUGAAGGGCAACGUCACCCUGAGCUGCAAGUCAAGUUAUGGGAAACCCACACCUCAUUACAAAUGGACCAAGGUUGCACCCAUGUCUGAGGUCUUUUUCUCACCGAUGCAGAAAUGGAGAGUCUGUCCCCAGCCCAUACUUGUCCUUGGGUACAUGGAUGAGCGACACGGGACACUCAGACUGAGCAACCUCACCAAAAGCAUGUCAGGGAAGUACAUCUGCCGAGCCAGCAACACGGCCGGCUCAGACAGCUGCUCCAUCAACCUGGAGGUUAUCACCUCUUCCAAUGCGGGAAUGAUUGCUGCAGCUACGCUAGGGUCAGUAGUGGGACUGGUGGCCAUGGUGCUCUUCCUCAUAUUUAUACUGAAAAGGCGACGGGACUCGGAGGAGGAGAUAGCCAACGACAUCAAGGAAGACGCCCAGGCACCAAAGCGAGUGUCGUGGGCAAAAAGCAACACGGGCUCAGACAUCGUGUCCAAAAAUGGCACGCUUUCCUCCAUAGCCACCAGCCCUCGAUCCCGGGAGCUGCACCAGCCCAGCUUUCCGUACCCAUACUCCCCCAUGUCUGCGUCCGACACCGGCUCGGUGAUCAACGCCUUCCAGCUGCGGCCCGGGGAGGCCAACUCCUUACAGGGCCUCCCCGGAUACAACCUGGGCAGCACUCCCGUACGCAAAUACAAGCGACCGCUCAGCGCCAACGGAUGCCCCCCGCAGGUUCACAGGAGUCCCAUGGUCAGCGUCCCCAAAAAGACUGAGGGGGCUCAGCCUCAGGUUCUCCCCCCGCUCACCGUGUCCCCGCAAAUCAGCUCCUCCACCCUCACGCGCACGGGGGCCGUGGCCGUCAUGGUGCCUGCUCACAGCCAAGCCGGGUCUCUGGUGUAG